CAUACUGAGGGAGAGAGAGAGAAAGAGAGAGAGAGAGAGACUGUAUUAUUUAAGGGCUUUCUGCAACUCCCUCCCUUAGAAUCAUCACUGCUCUUACUAGACUCUCAUAAUUAGAGAGACCCUUCAUUCAGGAAGACGCAGAGACUUUCAAAGAAGCAUCUGGGGAAUCACAUAAAAAUGCUUUCCUUUGUGAUCCUGUUCUUUGCUUUCUGGUCCCCUGCAUUUCCUCAGAACCACUAUGAGUAUGAUGAUGAUCUAUUUUUCCUGAAUUUUGACAAUGAAGUAGAAAGUGUGAUUCCUGCAACAGAAGAAACUAUUUCAUGCGAUUGUCAGAGGGAACACACAGAAUGGGACAAGCUCUUCAUUAUGCUUGAGAACUCUCAGAUGAAAGAAAACAUGCUGCUCCAGUCCCUUGAUGAAAUCCUUAAGGUGGAGCUGCAGACGCUGAGAGGGGAAAUACUCCAGUUUGUAGAAAACUUUGCUGGCAUGUGCAGCUCAUACAUUGAGAAAGCCGUCUCCCGGUUCUCCAGCCAAGUGGACCAGAUGUUGGCAAAGAGCAGGGGAGAAUCUGAAGACCUUUUGGGAACACUCCAUGAAUCAAAAGGAGAAAAAAUCCUGAGAGAGAUUCUGCAGCUCAGCCAAAACCUCUCCAGCAGACUCAGUCACCUGGAACAUGCCUGGCAGAGGACCGCUGAAGUAGAUGCUCAGCAGAGAAGUAUCUUAGAAAAAGACAGAGUUGGUUCCAUGGCAAAUGGGGAUGAUUUCAUUUUGAAGUCACUGUGGCAAGAAUUGCAGGAAACAAAAGCUGAACUGAAGGAAUCCCAAAAAAAGACCACACAGCGUUUAUUGCCAGCUGGUUGUGAGACAGCCCUCUUAUUUCCAAUGCGUUCCAAAAAGAUCUUUGUGAGUGUUCAUCCAGCUUCUGAAAUGGUUCUGUCUUCUUUUACUAUCUGUACCUGGGUGAAAGUAACUGAAAUGCUGGACAAAACUAUUGUGUUUUCAUAUGGAACAAAGAGAAACCCUUAUGAGAUCCAGCUGUAUCUGAGCUACGAUUCUGCUGUUCUUGCCGUCGGCAGUGAUCUCAACAAGGUAACUGCCUCAGGUGUCAUCUCUACUGGAGAGUGGACUCACCUUUGUGGUACCUGGAGCACAGUUAAUGGAAGUAUAUCUUUGUGGAUAAAUGGGAAAGUUGUGCAAACUACUUCAGAAAUAGCUGAGGGCUACACCAUUCCAGAUGGUGGAAUAUUGCAGGUUGGCCAAGAAAAGAAUGGCUGCUGUGUUGGAGGUGGUUUCAAUGAAUCUUUAGCUUUUUCUGGAAAAAUAACUGGCUUUAAUAUUUGGAACAGAGUUCUCAGUGACAAAGAGAUAACAAGACAAACUGGAGAAGAGUCAUGUAAUAGCCGUGGCAAUGUAGUUGGGUGGGGGGUUACCGAGGUUCUGCCACAUGGAGGUGCUCAAUACAUUUUUGGGCACUGAAUCAAUCUUCAGACUUUUUGCAAACUCAAUCAAGCUAGCAAGCCUGAGUGUUUUCUAGAGCUGGCCAUAUCAUACAAUUUUCAUAAUGAAGUCUUAACAGAAAAGCUGUGGUGUUAAGAAAAUUGCCUAAUGUGGCACUUAGCUCUGGCUUACGCAGGAACGUGUGCAUGAGGUACCACGUGGCAGAAAGCCUCUGGGUGACUGACGGCUUUAGCCACAGCAAUCUCAUUCUAAAUUCCAGGCUGAUCGGAGUCCAUAAAUAAGAAGGGUGAUGCCACAGGCUGUGAAGUGGACAGGCAACUUUGAGAAAGGGUUGGG